UUUUGGGAAGACCAAUAUGGCUGGUUCACUGAGAUAAACUUUCAGUGGUGCAAUUGAAGUGAUACCUAUAAAAAGUCGUUUAUGAUCAUUCAGAAGAACGUAAGCACACUCUGGAAAGCACACAAAAGGGUAAUUCCUGCAAGUAACUUUCCUGUAAAGCAUAAAUCGCAUGAAUGCUUAUUCCUAUGAAAUGAAACAUAUUUAAUAUCAAGAACAGAAAGAUCCACACAGUUUAUUGUUGGACCAAAGAAGUGACAAAAUGGAAAAACCAAGAGGCAGACCGUGUUCAGAACCAAAUCCUUACCAAAAUAACUUUUCAUGGGAAGAUUACUUGAAAGAAACCGGCGGUGUUCCAGCCCCACAUACUGCCUUCAAACAGCCUUCUUCACCUCCUGCAAAUGAGUUCAAAGUUGGAAUGAAACUCGAGGCGCAGGAUCCCCGAAAUAUCACAUCAACUUGCGUAGCUACUAUCGUCGGGUUACAGGGUCCACGUGUACGUUUGCGACUAGAUGGCGGUGACAAUAAAAAUGACUUUUGGCGAUUAGUUGAUUCCAGCGAUAUCAAACCAAUAGGAUGGUGUGAAAAACAUGGCGGCUUACUGCAGCCACCGCUAGGUUUUCGUAUGAAUGCAUCGUCAUGGCCAAUGUUUUUAUUACGUACACUAAAUGGUGCUGAGAUGGCUCCUCUCAAAGCUUUUAAAAAGGAGCCCCCAACCCCCAAAUCCAAUUUAUUUGAAGUAAAUAUGAAACUGGAAGCGGUUGACAGGAAGAAUCCGCACCUGAUAUGCCCAGCAACUGUUGCAGCCGUCAGGGACAACCAGAUAUUCGUCAGUUUUGAUGGUUGGCGUGGGGCGUUUGAUUACUGGUGUGAUUACGAUUCACGCGAUAUAUUUGCGUGCGGUACUUGUUCAAUGGCUGCUAUACAUCUCCAAGCACCUGGGCAGAAAGGUGCGAAGACAACGUCAACACAUUCCCUCAUCACGGUUGGCGGCGAUGUGCAGUCCCUCUCCAUACCCACGCCGGACAAUCUCUCUGUGUUUUGGAACAUGUUAGAUAAAUUCUUGGAAGAUUCACUGUGCUGUGGGAAUUUUCUCUGUAGUCGUCCGUUACAGGGACAGUGUACAAAAUGUGCCAAACAAGUUGAAGAAAGUCCAGUUGAGGCAGCUGGUACUAGUAAAAUGUCAUCAACACUGGUUAAACGGCGUUGGUCAACAGAAUCUGGUGACAAGGAAAGACCAGUAUUGAAAAUAAGGAGAAUAACAACAGAAGCUGCCAGUUCAACCACUGUUCCUGAAAGCAAGCCGACAGGUAAUCCAUCGAAUUGGAAUAUUGAAGAAGUCAUAAAGUACAUUUCCGAUACGGAUCUAGCGUUGUCAUCAUAUACUGAACUCUUCAGAAAACAUGAGAUCGAUGGUAAAGCUUUGCUGCUCCUUAACAGCGAUAUGAUGAUGAAGUACAUGGGACUGAAGCUGGGGCCGGCGUUGAAACUUUGUCAUGUCAUUGACAAACUUAAAAACAAAAAAUAAAAACUUACAAUUUAACACAUGCAGGUGAUAGUUUGCCAGCUUGCAGAGACACUUAGUGUCUUUGGGGCAACAUUUUUCAUGGCUUACUUGCGGUACAGUAUGACAUCAGUGUUGUUACCUUAUACCAUGAUGUACCAUACUGGCCCAUAAUGCACUGCACUGCAAGGCAAGGCAGAAAGCCCAUCACAACCUGAGGUGAAUAUUCCAACAGCAUUUGAAACGUGUGGUUUAAUAACAACCACAAAAAUUCAAACUAUAGUGUACAGUACACUUACUACUACAGUGGCAUUAGUCUUAACUACAAGUGUAUUUUAGUUAUUCCCUCUUUUAACUAGGAACAUUUUCCCACCAAAUCCUACUAACGUUAAUUUCCAAUAGAUUGUUAUUGGAUAGUACU